AUGUGCGCAGACCAUGAACAAUUGCGGCAUCUGCGGGUAUUGGGGCCAUACGUACAACUUCUGCCCGAUGGGAGUUCACAAGAUGGAGCCCGGCUAUCUGACUUCAUUGCCACCCUUCAGGUCAAGGCCGUCACCGACGCCAUGGCCAUGCUGAAUUCUGGUUUGCCCAUGCAGCACGUCAUCAGUCAUUUUUGGCCGCCCGGCACUCGACCGGCUCUCCAGACAGCUCGCGUGCUUGCUCCAGCUCAGACAGCCAGCGUGCCAUCUGCUCCGAUGCCUGUGGCUGGACCACCAGCUCAACUGCCGCAGCCAGGACAGUUACAGCACCACCAUACCAUGCCACAGAAGAGCGUCGAGGUCAUUGACAUGGGCAGUCCGGACUCAGAGCCAGCUGCCAAGCGCCGUCGCAACUCCGCCUUCGAAGCACACAGCCAAGGCGAACCACCAGUGCAGGAAGGAGCGAUGGAGCAGAGCCCGAACGCCGAUCAUAACCAGAUCAUUGCCGUCUCGACCGCUGUCAGCCCUGAGACACUUCCUGCUGAAGCUCCUACCGAGACUGCACCUCAAAGCAGUUCAUCUAAGAAGGGCGCCGUUUCGAGGCGCAAGGCUUCUGGUGGCACUCGCUGCAGCGCCUGUGUUCGUCAGCACAAGAAAUGCAAGCACAAUGGCAACGGGGGCCAGCAGUCUCGCGAGCAGAGUGCCAGCGCUCCUGAUCUCACCCAAACCGAGGGACAAGUCUUCCGCGCGCAGGCUUCGGCAGGCGUGCAAGCUCCUGGCCAGUUCUCUGCUAACAGCAACGACGAUGUCUUCGGCGGCAAUCACCAGAUGAUCGGCUUCAACCUUGAUCAGCGGUAUUCAGGCGGUAUGGGACACAUCCAGCCACUCCAGCCGCAUGAGCAGGCCGAGUUGCACAAGCUUCUAGCUCCUUCUGAGGUGGCUGAAAAUACCACACCAGCUGCUGCUCAGAGCUACGAGGUCUUCCGCACCGGCCAGGAUGGUCAAACAGGCUGGGCUGGUGGCCCAGUGCAGAAGCACAUGGAAAUCCCGCAGACCGAGAAUGUCGAGGCUGGCAAGACGACGAAUCCUGCCCCAAAGAAGCGCGGAGGUGCUCGGAAGAAGACUUGA